CAGGAAAGUGGAUAACGUAAUUUAUUUGGACGAAAACAGAGACAACGAUUCCUUCCAAUAUGCCUCAUCUGCCGAAGAAAAUCCUCUUCAAACUUCCUCGCAAGACAACUCUGUGCAACCCCUUCAGUUUGUUCAGAUACAACCAAGACCGUCUGUUCAAAUGUCCAAUAUUUCCACAACGGAAGAAGAAGACAGUCCAACUGCAACCAAACGAAUAGCGACAGUACUAGAAGAAAUCGUAGCGAUGCAAAAAGAGGACAAAUCUGACGAUAUCAUGGGAAAUAAGAAAUUCCUCCUGUCGCUACUGCCCUUCAUGAAAAAGUUGCCAGAUGAUGUGAAUUUGGAGGUGCGUUUGCAGUUGAUGAGUGUAUUACAGACCUAUACAAGUGGAAAAAGUAUGUUCCAUUAGUGUAACAGUUUUUGUCUGAUAGUGUUAUAUUAUAAUGUUAAGAAAGGAUGAUU